AUGGGUCCAAUGUUUUUACCAGAACCUACAACAGCUAUUUGGAAAGAAUCAUCGAGUGGUUUUUAUGAAAAAUGGCAAUUUCCUAACUGCAUAGGUAGUAUUGAUGGAAAACACGUAACUAUUAAAUGCCCAGACAACAGUGGAACACGAAAUUUUUGUUACCUAAAAAAGUUUUCGCUUGUGUUAAUGGCAAUAGUCGAUCCAGAUUAUAAAUUUAUUUGUGUCGAUGUUGGUGGUAACGGACGAAACUCAGAUGGUGGAAUUUUAGAAGAAUCGGUAAUGGGUAAACGUUUGGAAGCUGGGACAUUAAGUGUGCCAAAAGGUGUACCAUUACCUGGGCAAAUAGAAGACACACCCAUGGUUUUGAUUGGUGAUGAAGCAUUUGCAUUAAAAACAUAUUUAAUGAAACCAUUUCCACGUAGGCAAUCCAGAAACAAUACGAGAUUGGACACCUACAAUUAUAGAUUAUGUAGAGCUAGGCGAGUUGUCGAAAACGCAUUUGGCAUUUUAUCAAAAAAAUGGAGAGUUUACAAAGGGCCUAUAGAACUAAAAGAAGAUACAACUAUUAAAGUUAUAUUAGCAACUUGUAUAUUGCACAAUUAUUUACGUGUAAAAAAAAUGUGA